AUGGCUCCACGGGGAAAUCAAGUUAUCGCCAGUUCUCAUCUUCGCAAGCACUGGCAGACGCGAGUCAAGACAUGGUUCAGUCAACCAGCCAGAAAGGAGCGUCGCCGUCGGGCUCGCAUCGCCAAGGCUGCUGAUAUCGCACCUCGCCCAGUCUCUGGACUUUUUAGACCACAAGUCCGUUGCCCAACAAACCGCUACAACACAAAAGUGCGCCUCGGGAAAGGAUUCACCCUGCAAGAGCUGAAGGCUGUCGGAAUUGGCAAGCGAGAAGCCCGAACAAUUGGAAUUGCUGUGGAUUAUCGCCGCACAAACAAAUCUGUCGAAUCGUUGAAGGCUAACGUGGAUCGUCUCAAAGAAUACCGCUCGAAGCUCAUCCUCUUCCCCAAGAAACUUAGCGCCCCCAAGAAAGGAGACAGCAACCCCGAAGAACUCAAAGUUGCUGCUCAACUUGCUGGCGUUGUUCUCCCACUCAAGAAGGUUGCUCCCAAAGUCGAACUCCGAUCCGUUACCGAGGCUGAAAAGAAGGUCGAGAUCUUCCGUCACCUUCGACGAAUCAGAGCGGAUAAGCGUUUCAAAGGAAAACGGGAGAAGAAGGCCGCCGACGCUGCCGCCACACUCAAGGCU